AUGAAACUUUUUUACUGUUGCUUCAUCCUGAUCUUACUCGGUCAGGAUGCCUUCGGUGAUCCAAGGCCAGAUUUUGGUCUCUCAGCAAAGGUGGCCGGGAGUGCGCUAACGAAAACGGUUGCAGCGGAAGCAUACUUAGACUUCGAUCAGAUCGAUUUUAAGACGAUCACACUAAAAUCGCAGUACAGCGUGCUGAAAUCGCUCAACCAGCAGAUGACCACGAUCGGGGCGAACAUUGCCGCCACGGGCAAAACGCUUACGACCGCGCUGGAAACGCUCGCACCCAGCACGGGACCGCUACCGCAGGUGUACAGCGAUGUGACGAACGCGAUCGGUACGCUUCGGGCACUGCUCGAAACGGGCCUGGUUCCGCAAACGACCAUAAUCGAGCAGCUGGUUGGCACGUACAUUUCCGACAUGCUGAGCGAUGCAACGCGCCAGCUCAUCGCCACGCUGAACCGUCUAACCACGCAGAUCAAUCUCAUCCAGAAGGGUGUGAACGAUGCAAUCGGGGCGUACGGUACGAACAUCAACAUACCGGACGCAUUCCUCCGUCGGUACGUGUCGCCGAAGGUGGUGUACGAGCUGUUGCGCAUUCUGCAGGAUCUCAAAUCCGACCUGCCGCUCGUGACGUUCAUCGUGGAGCUAACGCUCGGCCAUCUCAGCACGGCCGACGCAUUCCUGCUCGAGUUUCUGGACAGUGUCGACGUGAAGGUGUACGAGACGGUCAUGCAUUACGACACGCUCAAGCAGGAGGUGGUGGAAAGUUCGCAGCUACAGGCGAACGCGAUCGUUUCACCGCUGCAAACGUCCUACCGACAGCAGCUGGCCGACAUAGCGUACAUCAAGAGCGAUCUCGAGGCAAUGGAUACGUACAACGAAUUUCUCAAACCGGUGCUGGUAGCGUACGAGACACUGCUCGGCACGACGAACAUGCUCACCCUACCCGGCAAGGUCGAUGUCAUCUACAACGAAUAUCUGAAGGCUGUCGUCGCCCUCGACGAUUAUCUCGAUCGGUUCUACAACGCGAAACUGUGCGCCCCGGUACGGUCGGUGUUGAACGUAUUGAUCGCAUCGGGACCGUGGGCUGACUACUGCUUUAGCAAGUACUCGCCCCGUCUGCUUGGGCUGGUUUCGGUCAACUCGAACCGCUUCCUCAUGUGCUACCAGAUCGAGGCGACCCGGCUAUCCAACUUGAGCCCGCUGGUCGAUCGGCUGGUCGUGCAGAUUCUCUUCGAUAUUGAUGAUUUGGCCCAACAUCUGGUGGAAUGCUUUAACCGGAUCGAGGACGGUUCCAACUGUAUCGCUUCGAUUGCACCGUACUAUUCCGACCUGGCGGCUAACCUGAAUCUAAAGGUGGACGAUGUACUGCGGCUGCUGACCAUCCAGACGAAGGCGAGCGCUAGCCGGGCGGCCGCUUGCGUUGCCAGCGGUAAGUGUGGCUUUGUGGCGUCGACCGAAACCUACAUAAAGGACGUCAAGCUGUGCGAGGAGAAGGGUCCGAAAGCGUAA